AUUUUGUUUGUCUCUAGUUAAGGACGUGUCGGUUGUGUGUAUUGCUUAUCGCGGUGAAGCAGAGGAGGCACGGAAACGUCUGUCACUGGGUACAUGAGAAUAUUGGUGUUGCCUUGAUAUGCGAGUGUACAAUUUUAUGCAUAUUAUUUGACUAAAUGCGAAUAAAUAUUACGAGUGCUCACAAAAUAAACAAAUAUAAAUUUAUAUUGUAUUUUGCUCAUUGAAAAAGUGAUAUCAAAAAUUAUUUUAAAGUUACUCAACAUUGCAAAGGAUACAAUUAUAAAGUGUGUAUAGUAAAAAGGAAAAAGUUGACGAGAAGGAAAUGUCAGAAAAAUCAUCGGAAUAUAUGAAGCGAACUUGCCUCAUCUGCGGCUGCCACACAAAUCAAACCAUUAACAUCUAUGAGCCUAGGAGCGGACCUAAUAUUGUAGAACUUAUUCAAGCAAAAUUUAAAUUCCAGCCCUUGAACGAAGAUAAAUACUUGUGUUUCAGCUGCAACAAUUGGUUAAUCAACUGGCAUUCACUGCAGGCAUUGAACAGUAACGACGCAGAAAGUCCUUCUGGUACCUUUCGUCCCCAAAUGAAUAGCAUGUUGCCCAAAGAGAAAGCGGAAAAUCGCCGUCAACAAUCUCACAGUCAGCUUUCUGAUCAAAAAGCCAAUAAAGGAGCAUAUCGACCAAUAGCCAAAGUAUUCCCUUGGAGAAUAAUAUCGAAAACCCCAGAAACAAUAAAGGACAGUAAAGUGUCAACUACAGAAUACUCAUCAUUUCAAGCGUCCACAGCAGAACAAUUAUUUUUGGUUGAGGGAAAAUGCAACCGGAAUUCGCAAAGUGAAAAACGUAACAGCAAAUGCUAUUAUACAAAACGUAAAAUGAUAUUGAAAAAGAUUCGAACGCGGAGACAAUGUUCUGAGUACAACAAAUCUCAGCAGCCAUUUAAACUCCCAGAAGACACAAAUGUUGCAGAUGUCUUUAAGAAGGAAAUACAGCAGAAAAAUAAUUGCCAACAAACAAAUAUUUUAUCACAAAUCAGAAUAUUUGGAAAUACUAACAAUGCUAACACGAUUAUUAGUCACAAUCAAAGCUUAAAGCGUCCUUUGGUAGAUGGUAAAAUGGUAUCAAUGUUACGCCGACUUGGAACUACCCUUUCUCAUGAAAAUUUCAAUCGAGGAACCAGUUCUUCAAGGCCGCUGUUACCACAAAUAAUGAGUCCUACCAAAUCAACACCUCAUUGGACACGUCAGCUGGAUGAGGAUGAAAUUCUACUCGACUUUGAUUCCGCAAUAUCGGAAGUGCUGCCGCAAGUUAUUCGAGUGCAGCAACAAAAACUUAACGACGAAAACUGUAUGCCGGAAGCUAUGGCUGUGAAGCAAGCGUAUAGAAGUUUAACGUAUCAAGUGUCACUUGAUGAAGAUGAUAGUCAAUGUGUUUAUCCUGUGUUACCUGAAGGCCUGAGUAUUUCUUUAGUUUAAAAGCCAAACUUUAAACGCUCUGCAACCGCAUCGGCAGUGAGAAGGGUAAAAGUAAUGUGAAAACGGUACAUACGUACAUACCAAUGGACAUACGAUAGUAUGUUUAUAUGCAUGUUUGUAUCGUGUAUGUAUGAAUUUGAAUUUGUGAACUCUCAAAGCAGUAAAUUUUUGCCUACGAGAAGUUCACCUGAUUGUAUGUUGGUACUAUGCCUGUGUGUAUGUGUAUGUGUACAUAGAAUUUUCCUUAGAAACCGUUAUUAGUCAAAGUUUUUUUAAGAUAAUUUAUACUCAUUAUACAAAUUAAUCUGAUCUUUAAAUAUGCAUUUUAGUUUAAAUAUUAUUCUGUUAAAACGUAAUAAAAAGAAAUAAAUAAAUACAUAUUGUGC